UGAAGGUUACAGGGUGUGGGCUGUUCUGCUCACUUUUUACAUACCAAUCUGACGUGGAGACAGCAUCGACAGGAACCAGUUAGAGAAGUCAGCUUUAUAAGUUUCGUUUUCUCAGGAUUGUCUUACACUUAAAGCUGCCAAAAUGUCAUUCGAUCCACAGGAUCCCGAAUUUGAAUACUUGGCUGUCGACCGCAAGAAGUUAAUGCGGGAGCAGACACAAACCUUUGACGGUAAAAAGGCAUGCUGGGUACCUGAUCCAAAAAACAGAUUCGCUGCUGCUGAAAUCCAAAGUACUAAAGGCGAGGAAAUUACUGUUAAACUCAACGACACCAAUGAAACCAAGACCUUCAAGAAGGAUGAUAUUCAGCAGAUGAAUCCUCCCAAGUUCGAGAAGAUUGAGGAUAUGGCUAACUUGACCUAUUUAAAUGAAGCCUCUGUAUUGUCCAACUUGAAGAAUCGUUACGUCGCCGGUCUUAUUUAUACCUAUUCCGGUCUUUUCUGUGUGGCCAUCAAUCCUUACCGACGUCUUCCAAUUUACACGAUGAGUCUUAUCAUGAAGUACCGAGGUAAACGACGAAUUGAAAUGCCUCCCCAUUUGUUCUCCAUCGCUGACAACGCCUACCAAUACAUGUUGCAAGAUCGUGAGAACCAAUCUAUGUUGAUUACUGGUGAAUCUGGAGCCGGAAAGACUGAAAACACCAAAAAGGUAAUCCAAUACUUUGCCCAUGUCGCCGCUAGUGCACAUAAAGAUAAGGCCGAGGAAGAAGAAGAGAAGAAGAAGGAGAAAAAGGUAGAGAUACGCACCUACCCUGAGUGUCCCCUUAAUGUGACGGCACGGUGUGUUACUUCCCCUUACCUUAAAUUAGAAUCUCCACCUUGUUCACAUAUCACCUCAUUCACAGCGUUUUUAUCUUUCACCAACUGGUAUUUCGUAUGUCAUCUCCAUCAAAGGUGAUGCACCAGUUGAUGGUUGAUAAAAACGACUUAUACUAGAUCUUCAUGGUUACUUUGUACACAUUACAAAUUGGAUCCUUUGAGUGGCAAU